AUGCGACUUGCAGCCCAAAACCCCCAAAAAGCCACAGAAGAGAGACAGGGGAGAAAACCCUAAUCUCAAGGCCGCGGCUGUGAGCGCUCCUCCCGUCUCUCCCCCAACCCGCCGCCAGCCACCGAGCUCGCCACCGUCUCCGUUGCCUCGCCGUGCUCUAGGUUCUCGGAUGGAGGCCGAGGCGGCGGCGAAGAGGGCGCGGGAGAGCGGUGACGCGGCGGCGGCCGGUGCCGGCGAGCAGGCGGGUAUCUCUGCCGUCAUCCCUGGAUGGUUCUCCGAGAUUAGCCCCAUGUGGCCUGGUGAGGCACACUCAUUGAAGGUCGAAAAGGUACUAUUCCAAGGAAAGUCGGACUACCAAAAUGUGAUGGUGUUUCAGUCCUCCACGUACGGCAAGGUGCUUGUGCUGGAUGGAGUGAUUCAGGUCACUGAGAGGGAUGAGUGUGCUUACCAAGAGAUGAUUACCCACCUCCCCCUUUGCUCUAUCAAAGAUCCCAAGAAGGUGUUAGUUAUUGGAGGUGGAGAUGGUGGUGUUUUGCGUGAAGUUUCACGACAUUCCUCGGUGGAGCAAAUUGACAUAUGUGAAAUUGAUAAGAUGGUGGUAGAUGUCUCCAAACAAUUUUUUCCUCAUCUGGCUGUUGGAUUUGAAGACCCCCGUGUGUCAUUACACAUUGGAGAUGGCGUGGCCUUUUUGAAAAAUGCUCCAGAGGGUACUUAUGAUGCAGUUAUUGUGGAUUCCUCUGAUCCAAUAGGACCGGCUCAAGAGCUUUUCGAGAAGCCUUUCUUCCAGUCAGUUGCCAGAGCUUUGCGUCCUGGUGGUGUUGUAUGUACCCAGGCAGAGAGCAUAUGGUUGCAUAUGCAUAUUAUUGAAGAUAUUGUAGCUAAUUGUCGCCAAGUUUUUAAAGGCUCAGUGAAUUAUGCUUGGACAACAGUACCAACAUACCCUAGUGGUGUUAUUGGUUUUAUGCUUUGCUCCACCGAGGGGCCUACUGUUGAUUUCCAGCAUCCUAUUUUUAACAUUGAGGAUAAUGAGUUCUCAACAAAAUCGAAAGGACCACUUAAGUUCUACAAUUCCGAGAUCCACUCAGCAUCAUUUUGUUUGCCGUCUUUUGCGAAGAGAGUCAUUGGAUCCAAGGCCAACUAGAUCAAAGAUCACUGAGCCCAAGGCCAACUGGACUGGAAUCCCUCCGACAAGAGAUUUGGUUGUAGCAGAAAGAGCAAUGACCCCUUUUUUCCCAUUUAAAUAAAAAUUGGAGAUGUAAACGGUUAUCCAAGUGCUUUUGAAUUUUGUCUCAGUAUGAGAACGUUUUGUAUUUGGUAACUGUUUUCCCGCAUCUCCCUUACCAUUUACCAAAAUGAGUAUUGCUGUAGUUUUCAUCUGAGGUG